AUGGCGUCCCCAUCAUUUGUUGAUCCGAAACCUUCAGAGAAAAAGAAUGAAGAUCAAAUUAAUGGCACAGUGGAAACUGCGAAUCUGGAGUUACUUGGUUUGACCCAACAAACACAGCGAAACCUAAGUACUUUCCAAAUUAUAUGUGGGGGCUGGAAUAUCUGCAACAGCUGGGCCGGCAUUGUGGGCAUUUUGGCUAUUGGAAUCUCACAAGGAGGAACAGUCCUCCUCUUGUAUGGGAUAAUUUUGAUCAUGGUUAUUGUUGGGUUAUGUACAGCCACAUUGGCAGAGCUUUCGAGUGUAUAUCCAACAGCAGGGGGGCAAUACCACUGGACAUCCAUUCUGAGCCCUGCGAAAUGCAGUCGAGUCUUGAGCUACUGCUGUGGGGCAGUCAACAUAUUCAGCUGGAUCGCAAUCAGUGCCGGCGUCGCAAUUCUUCCAGCACAGUUCAUUAUCUCCAUGAUAAUCUACAAUGACCCAACUUACGAAUCACGAACGUGGCACUCUUUUUUGAUCUACCAAACAGCCAACAUCGUCGUUCUCUUGUACAAUAUCCUCGCAAUGAAAAGAACAUCAUGGAUCCAUGAUGUCGGAUGUAUGUAUCAACUUUGGGGCCUUGCAUCACAACUUCAAGCCUAUUUUAACCUGAGAACCAGUUGUUAUGUCCUUGAUUUCGUUCUUGGUGAUCCUUAUCACCUGUUUGGCACGGACUCCACAAAUGCAAACAUCUCAGUAUGUGUGGACUACAUUUAUCAACCAGUCCGGAUGGAAGUCCAACGGGGUGGCGUUUGGCGGAUUGAUGGGGCGAUUCACCUUGCCGAAGAAUGUGGAAAUGCCACCAGGGCUGUUCCAUAUGCUCUAAUGAGUACAGUAUUUAUUGGGUUUCUGACUUCUUUUCCGUUUGUCAUUGCAAUGUUCUACUGCAUAAAUGACCUUGAAGCUGUCAUACAUACAGCAACCGGCGUACCAAUAUAUGAGAUAUGGAACCAAGCCAGUCGCUCUAAUAUCGCCCCUACCGUCUUCAUUUGCUUGUUGGUACUAAUCGCAUUCUUCGCUUUAAAUGGAUGUCAGCAAACUGCAUCACGUCUGACCUGGGCAUUUGCACGGGAUGACGCUCUGGCCUUCUCCAAGUAUCUUGGUAUCAUCAACCCUCGCUUCCAAGUUCCGAUCUAUGCAUUGUGUGCAAACUCGGCAGUGGUUUUUAUCAUUGGUUGCAUAUACUUGGCGUCAUCUACUGCAUUCAAUGCUUUGAUCGGUACCGGCUUGGUUUUACAACAGGUUUCAUUUUGUUUCCCUGAGGCUCUACUUCUUUAUCGCCGUCGAUCAGCAACCUAUCUACCUGCCAAUCGAUUCUUCAAACUUGGAAUUUUGGGAUGGGUGUCAAACGCGGCCACAGUCAUUUUUGGGAUCGUCACGCUCAUCUUUUACAGCUUUCCAUCUGAGAUGCCCGCGACCGGUGGGAACAUGAACUACACAUGUGUUGUUAUCGGCACAAUGGCUAUAUUCUCUUUAUUCAAUUGGUUCUUCUACGCGAGGAAACACUAUCAAGGCCCACGACUCCCGACCGAUUUCAAUUGA